AGCGUGCGACAAUUUCUUUAUUCCAUGUGAAGACCUGUAAGAGAAAACGGCCACUCAGCCAAUGAAAUUGAUUUCCAAUGUCCUCAGUGAACGUGACCACUUCUCAAAAGCCCGUCGCGCUACCACACGGUAAUAAAACACUUGGACGUUUGCCUCCAGGCUGAACCAUUCAUCUUUCUUCUCUUUUCACAUUCUAUAACAUCAUGGUCAAAGUUACUGUUUGCGGUGCUGCCGGUGGUAUUGGUCAGCCCCUCUCUUUGCUCUUGAAGCAAUCUCCUCUCAUUUCUCACUUGAGCUUGUUUGAUAUUGUCAACACUCCCGGUGUUGCUGCUGACUUGAGCCACAUCAACUCUGCUUCCAAGGUUACUGGCCACGUUGGCAAUGAGCAGAUGGAGGAGGCCCUCAAGGACUCUACUAUCGUUGUCAUUCCCGCUGGUGUCCCUCGCAAGCCUGGUAUGACCCGUGACGAUCUCUUCAAGAUCAACGCUGGUAUCAUCCGUGAUCUUGCCGUCGGUGUCGCCAAGUACGCACCCAAGGCCUUCGUCUUGGUUAUUUCCAACCCCGUUAACUCUACCGUUCCCAUCGUCUCGGAAGUCUUCAAGAAGCACGGUGUCUAUGAUGCCAAGAAGAUCUUUGGUGUUACCACUCUCGACAUUGUUCGCGCCUCUACUUUCGUCUCAGAGUUGAUCAGCGCUGACCCUGCUCAGCUCAAGGUCCCCGUUGUUGGUGGUCACAGUGGUGUCACCAUCCUUCCUCUCCUCUCUCAAGUCGAUGGUACCAACAAGCUGACUCAAGAGCAAGUUGAACAGGUCACUCACCGUAUUCAAUUCGGUGGUGAUGAGGUUGUCAAGGCUAAGGCUGGUACUGGUUCUGCAACCUUGUCCAUGGCUUUCGCUGGCGCCCGUUUCACAUUGGCCGUUUUGGAUGCCAUCAACGGCAAGUCUGGCGUUGUUGAAUGCACAUAUGUCAACUUGGAAGCCGAUGCUGAAGGUGCCAAGGCUAUCAAGCAAGUUGUUGGUGACGAUGUCGCUUACUUCUCUGCUCAAGUUGAACUUGGCAAGGAGGGUGUUGCUAAGAUUAACGCCAUUGGCAGCCUUUCCGACUUUGAGAAGAAGCUCUUCGAAGCUGCUCUCCCUGAAUUGAAGGGUAACAUUGUCAAGGGCGCUUCUUUCAUCACUGACGCAAAGUUGUAAAUCUCCUCAUUCGCCUGACAUAUCAAACUUCUAUGAGGGUAUACUAGAAUGUCCCUUUGUUUCCCCAUCAGUAUAUACAAAAUAAAAAAGGAAUCUGUUUCUUCUAACUA